UGCAAGCUGAUCCAGCUGGGUGACGUCCCUGCCGAUGGGGUCAAGGUGGUAACUAGAUGAUCUGUAAGUUCUUUUGCAACACAAAUCAUUCUAUUAUUAUAUGAUUCCAUAAUGUUCUAGGAAAGACUGGUGAAACAUGCUUCUGGGAAGUUUUGAGGUGUCUGAAGAGAGGACAACAUCCCUGGGAUGGGCCAGAUUGAACAACUUGAGGUUUUAUGUGUGUGCUCAGUAUAGUUUAAUCUGCACAGGCAGCAUGUUGCUGCUUCUAGUCCUUCUUGCAACUUCAUUUUGGUCUCGUGGAGACAUGCAGUCAGCGCCAGUGCAAACCCCAGAGGUGCACCAUCAGAUGAAGGGCAGAUCUGCCAGCAUGUCAUGCCGACUGAUGAAUGAAGACAUUGUGCACUGGUACAAGCAGCUUCCUGGAGAGCCACCAAAGAGGAUACUGUACUUGUCAGGACAUACAUCUGCUUUUGAUGACAGCAAUGAUAGAAAUAGAUUUGAAGUCCAAAAGGAUGCUACUCAGCCCUUAUAUGGUCUCACGAUAAAGUCUUUAACCCCAAGGGAUUCUGGCACUUACUACUGUGCAUAUUGGCACUACAGCACAGCAUUAGGUGAUCAAAGUGGUUAUUACAACAAGGUGUUUGGCUCAGGUACAAAACUCGUUGUGUCAGACAAAGGAAGCUCUCCACCAGCAAACUCGGAAAUCCUGCAGAAAAAACAUGAAAAUCAGAUAAUGUAUGUUUGUCUUAUUGAGAAAUUCUACCCAGAAGUUAUUCGAGUGACAUGGACUGAUGAAGAAAAGGAGAUAACAGACAAUGUAGUAAAAGGUGAUGCUUGGCAACCCACAGAAGAGGAUGAAUACUCAAUUGCCAGCUGGUUAACUGUACCAGCAGACAACAAAGACAAGAAAUAUUACUGCAAAUAUGAGCAUGAAAACCAAAAGAAUUCACUACCAUCACAAGUAAAUUCUAUGAAGAAUGCUCCUCAGGAAGGGGACUGCAGCACAAUUUUUAAUAGAGAUGUUAUGCUUUCAGAUGUUACACUUCCAGAUCACUUACUGCACAGGACAGCAUAUUUAGUGUACAUCAUCCUUCUUCUGAAGAGCAACAUGUACUAUCUUAUCAUACUCUUCUUCAUUUACAGAAUGCAACCUCCAACCAAGCACCAAGGAAAGAAGGUGUAAAUGCUUGUUUAAGAAAAGGUUACAAAUUGAUUGUGGAUUUACUUUGCUUACCUAUAUAGACUCCCCUGCUCUGUAUUAGAUGUAACAGCAAAAAAAAAAAUCCCAAAAUAAUUUUCUGGCAUUAGUGCAUAGGGCUCAUUUCGCUUUAUUGCUAGUGUUUUUAUAUCAAUCUAGUUUUCCUAAUUUUUUUCUGAAUAUCAAACAAGGAUAGGCAAUAGCAGUAAUGGAUUUUAAUCCAAAGUCCAUAUUGCAAAAUGAAGAACAUACUUAGAUUGGAAGUAGUUAUGCAUGCAGAAGAGUAGGGAUGCAAUGGUAUUUUUGAUAUAUAAAGCACAGAUGGGUUUUGUCAUCGCACUUAAGGCUUAAUUAGGAGCAUUCCUGUGCAGUAAAUUCAUAGAUAUUUUUCCAUUUUUACUUUCAAUGAUUUGUUGCCACUCUCAUUUAUCCAACAAAUGAGGACUUAAUUAUUCUGAAGUGAUGAGUGCUUUAAGAGACAAUUAAACAUAAUUUUUAAAAGUGAACAUGGGAGUUUUGAACAAAGAAGUCAGAUGAGAAUAAAAGCAAUUAUAAGGUGUGUGCAUAUAGAAAAUGAAGAAAUCCACCAGCACUGUGACACAGUCUGAAAAUCUGCACAUUGUGUUUUUAAAGAGAGAAACCAAUGGUAAUUAUCAUAUACAUCACCUUGUUUAAAGACACAUUUUUAAAUUGAGCAAAACCUCAAAUCUGAAGCUUUGAUAGAGAAAGUAUUUUCCCAAAAGAAGAAAAAUUCUCAGAUGUUGCACGUUGAACUCUUAAUCUCCAGGUUCCACAAAUCAGUUCCUUUCAAGUUUAUGCAGAAAAAUAGGAAUUAGACAUACUGGGAUAAAGCACUUGCUCAGUUUUUGUCAUACGUUUGUAGAUAAGUGCUUGCAGCAUUUACACUCACUGUAUCAUUUAAUGAUGAGGGCAAUAAAAGCUUUCCUCCAGCCGCAGUUGUGAGGUCUCUGUUUGUUCUCCAGAAUUUCCACAGCCUGUAUAAAGAUGCCUAGAAAACCUGAUUCAUUUCUCUGUUCAUAUAAAUUUCUCAGGAAAUCAAAGAUCCUUAAAACAUUAGUUUUCUGCUUUUCAGUUAAACAGGAACACUUUUACAGAGAACAAUAAAAGCUAGUCUGUUACAUUUUUCUGUUGCAAAACAGAAAGCUAGGCUUUGUAAAACGGAGCUAAGCCAAGCCAGGGGGAAAUGUUACAAAAGGACUGCCCACCUCCUAGGGCUCACACCAUCUCCAACACAAGGGAACAAAAGUAUGUCAGGCUCAGUUCUAACAACCACAGCUAUUUUGCUAAUGGCAUAUCUUGCAACUUAUUUUACAAUAUGUAUAUUGAAGCCAAAACAACUAAUUACUGCCUUAAAUGUCAUGUUACUCUUCAGUGCAAAGAAAGAUGUGAUUUCUAAUCUUCAGUCAAACUCUGUUUGAGAAAUGGCUGG